CCCCCGAUUUUGUCUAAUUCGGUAUUUUUUCAAGUACAUGUAAACGGUCGCACCCAAUAACAUAAGCAGAUCUUAUUCGGCGGGAAAUGGGAGCAAAGGAAGCGUUGCAAUAUAUGGACUUAAACGUGUUUAAACACACAUAAUAGAAAGCUGAUAUUAUAACAUAAGGAUGCCGUCAACACCAAAUGAAACAUCGCCAACCAGUCGUAAACGUUACUGCGGCCUGGGCAAUCAUGUUCUACGUCCGCCACACAAAACGAUUACCAACGAAAAACUCCUUAGUUUCGCCAAACAUAUAAAUCCUGAAUUACGUAGGACGACGCUCAUUUGUGGCAGCUGCCUUGAGACAUUGCUAAAGAUCUACCGAGUCAAGGUGCAGCACGCAGUACAAUUACGAAAGGACAAAAAUAAUAACUCAGGAAAAACGAGUUCCAUAUCAGAUGUAAGCACUAGUCAACAACAAACGGAGAGCUCCACUGCCGUAUCGGCAUACUCAUCCACAUCCGUAAGUCCAACCACAAUAUCAACAAGCAACGAAGAGACCUCCUCCAACACCAGCACCAACACGAAGCGUAAACGUGUGCAGCACCCGCCUUCAAACAGCGACGACGAUGAUGAACCCAUGCUAAGUCUGAAUGCUGUGAAUGGAACUCGGCUCCCAAACAUACAGCCCGUACCGAAGCGUCGUCAAUUCGUCCACUUAAAUAAAGAAGUGAUGGACAUUUAUUUGAGUGGCACAACAGGCGGGUAACAGAGACUUAGUAUAGGUUUCCCAUCAACGCUUCUAUUACACCCACUUUCAAGACUAACUUUAGGAAAUAACGUGAUAGAAAUAAUCGCAUUAGCUUACGCAUUUGCAUGUUAAUUAUAUUUUGUAAUUUAUUGAUUUAUCGUAAAGUUAAGUGCAAUAAAAAGCACACUUAAAACGGUUAAUCAUUAUCGUUUGCCUAGUUACCACCAUAUAAGAAGCCAUUUAGUUUACAUUGAUCAAG